AUGCGAGGUCAGAGCCUCACCUGGGCGUGCUUGGCUGGCAGCCUUGCGACAGCUCAGGCACAGUUUCAACUCGAAGAAAAUGUGUUCGACACAUCCUACCUCACGGCUCGACAAGCUAAAGCAGCAGGCAAGAAAGGCGUCAUGAUGAUGAACAGAUUCGCGUUAAAACCCCCCCCAGACCUGUUCAUAGCCAAUAGUGAUGGCACCAACGCGGGCAAAUUUCUGGGCAAUUCAAGUCACCACGACUACCAUGCAUCAUUCUCACAAGACGGCCAAUUCGUUGUUUUCACCUCUGAGCGCAAUGGUCUGGGCAACGCCGAUCUUUUCCGUGCCAGGGCGAAUGGCAGUGAUAUAUAG